GGGGUAAGCCCCUGCCCCAUGACCCCUGAGUGAGAAGGAGGAGGUGCCUCCUCAGUCAGUCAGUCAGUCAGUGGGUGCAAAGUGAUCCCCCCUCCUCAGCAGCCUCCCCUCUUCAACCUCCCAGCCGUGCCUGCAGCUCCUUCUUCCCCGCCGCGCGCGCACCCACACCCUUUCCGCCUCGCCCCGUCAAGCGAGGGAUCGAAGGGGCUGAGGCUGGGUGGCUGGGCCGGGCCCGUGAGCGACUUGAGACUGAAAGAUAGACAGUUAAAGAGAAAGGUGUUUGGUUAGAAUGGGAAGCCUUUCCUGAUCAGCCUCAGAGACUUGGGAGAAGGAUUGACUCUGCAUAGCAGAUGAAGGCUCAUGCUGCUGCAGAAGAAAUGUGCAAAUCUUGAAUUCAAAACAAAAGUCAAGAAGCAAGGAUGUAAUGGAAGAACGCAAUAUCUAGGAGAAGCCAUUUGCUUGACAAAUUAUACUCACAAACAAGGUCAUGUAUAAUGAAGAUGGGAAAUACAACUAACAAAAAGUGACCUCUGCCUAUAAGGUGAACCCGUGAGACCUCAUGACCCUUCUUUAGGAGGCAGAUUCUGCGAGGAUGUUACAUCACCACUGCCGGAGGAACCCUGAGCUCCAGGAAGAGUUGCAGAUUCAGGCUGCGGUGGCUGCUGGCGAUGUUCACACUGUGCGCAAGAUGCUAGAGCAGGGCUAUUCUCCAAAUGGUCGAGAUGCCAACGGCUGGACCUUGCUCCACUUCUCGGCAGCGAGAGGAAAAGAAAGAUGUGUUCGUGUGUUCCUCGAACAUGGAGCCGAUCCCACAGUAAAAGACUUAAUUGGAGGCUUCACUGCUCUACAUUAUGCAGCCAUGCAUGGCCGAGCUCGGAUUGCACGCCUGAUGCUGGAAUCGGACUACCGUGUUGAUAUCAUUAAUGCAAAAAGCAAUGAUGGCUGGACUCCUCUACAUGUGGCAGCUCAUUACGGCAGAGACUCGUUUGUCCGUCUCCUGCUGGAGUUCAAGGCUGAGGUUGAUCCACUCAGUGACAAAGGUACUACGCCUCUUCAACUGGCUAUUAUCCGCGAAAGGUCCAGCUGUGUCAAAAUACUCCUAGAUCACAAUGCCAACAUUGACAUUCAAAAUGGCUUCCUGUUGCGUUAUGCUGUGAUCAAAAGCAAUCAUUCUUAUUGCCGGAUGUUCCUUCAGAGAGGGGCGGAUACAAACUUGGGGCGCUUAGAAGACGGGCAGACACCAUUGCACUUGUCUGCUCUUAGGGAUGAUGUACUCUGUGCACAGAUGUUAUACAACUAUGGUGCAGACACUAAUACCAGGAACUAUGAAGGACAGACUCCGCUGGCAGUUUCAAUAAGUAUUUCUGGAAGUAGCCGACCUUGUUUGGAUUUCCUACAGGAAGUAACAAGGCAGCCGCGGAACUUGCAAGAUCUAUGCCGAAUUAAAAUCCGCCAGUGUAUAGGCCUUCAAAACCUCAAACUACUUGAUGAACUACCAAUUGCCAAGGUCAUGAAAGACUACUUAAAACACAAAUUUGACGAUAUCUGACAUUUUUGCAAAUGAAUUGGACAAUAAGCAAGAUUACUUUCUAUUCCAGAUACCUUUCAAAGGCUGGUCACCUUGCACAACGUAUAUCCUAUGCAAUUUCUGAUUUUUUGUUUUUCCCGAGAAGUCAGAAGGCAGGUAUACAAUUCCUUUGGGAUGGGGGGUGUUUUAUACCAAAUGCUAGAAGGUCUUAAUUUUUUGAUUUCUUGGUCCAAGUUUACAAGAUCCAAGCUUUCUAUACAACCUUACAGUUGUGGGUUGCUGUUUUUCCCCCCAGGGUUGAGUGUAUUGUUUUUGUUUUUAAGUAUCACUUUUGAAAACUUAAAUUUGCAGCUUUGAAAUGAAGAAGGAACGUCACUUGUUCAAAAGGAGCCUUCCCCUACCCUAAUGUAGCAUGUGUAAUACUGUGGGAUGGCUGAGUUGAAUGCUAAACAAAGUAAAGGUGGGAGACGUAAGGGAGCAAUUCACCAAGAAUUGCUAUUAUGCAACCUUUCUGUUCCACAGGGAACCAGCCCCUCUGAAAUUAAGGAUCUGCACAGCAAAAGUGCUUGGCAGAUCAAGCCCACUAGCACUGUUCCCAUACUGAGGACCAAUAUGGGCAUCUACUCAUGCCUCAUAAGGAGUCCUGAAAAUUGAUUGGAUUCCAUAUGGGCACAAUUUUCUGCCCAUAAGGAGCUUUUCUCAGAAUCAUGGCUCAGGCUUGUAAACUAGGUUGUUCAGAGUUUACUUUACACACGGCAACUUUUUAGAAAUAUUGCCACCUUCAUUCUUUUUUUACAUUUUUUUUUAAGUACAAGUUGGAUCUUUAACAUAAUUAUUGUAGUUUGGAUGUCCAUAUGUUUUAUCCCUCUUUUGUUGCCAGUACAUGGGCUGAUGUUUGUAAUUAAGUUUUACACCGCUCAGAUGCCUCUGUGGUCUCUCUGUCAUAUUUUUCUAUGAAAACAUUAAUGGAAAACUAAUCUAAUUUCAAAGCCAAUGCAUUCUGUUUCUCAUAUAGUGCCUCAUGUGCAAUAAUUUCUUUGAUUUAUAUUUUCUCCAUCACACAUGUGACUUUUACACGUUCCUACCCUGACCUCAACAUGAUGUUUGUUACUAUUGGAAUUUCUGCUUUAUUAUUGGGAUUUUUUUGUUACCCAUCCCAGAUUUCAAAGACAUCUAGUUUGGACUGUUGUGGCUCACGUUUGAGCUGACCUUUGCUCCCUCUCCAUGCAAGAGGCCAAUUUGUGGUAUUAAGGCCAGAAUGUGAGCUAGCAAUUUGGCUUUAAUAUUUUAAAAGGGGCUCAUAGAUUGCAAAUCUGUUGCAUUUUCAGCUUGGUUGGUAUUGUGCAGGAUUUUGGGCUGAUCCAAACUCCUGAUUUAUUCAUAUGGAUUGUGUAAAAUCACUUCCAUCUCAAAAUACUUUUGCUGACAGGCAAAUCUGUAUAAAACUGAAAUCCAGAGAUCACAGAUCUAAAGGUGAAUCUUUUGUACUCGAUUAACUUUCACAGCUAUGUUGAAACAUAAAUGAUUGGCCAUACCCAUACGAAACAUAGCAUCAGUGCCUGGCCCCCCUUUUUUUAAUUUGAGAAUUCCAUGUACAACCCUACUUUUAAUAAGACUUUCUCAAUAUGAGUUGAAAACAAAAGCCCAGCCUGCAAUAUUUAGGUUGAAACUGUCACACAAUUAGUUAUGGUGUAAGUGACUACAGAUAUUCUAAAUAAAGCCUGGUUUUAUUAUAGGAGUUGAGAUCAUCACAGAAAUGGGUCUCUGACUGUUGUCCUCUAUAUAUCAGUGGCUUUAUCAUCCUAAGCUUUUGGAUCUGAUCUGAGAUUUAAUGUUGAUUACACUUUGGGGGACAUUGUUGGUUCUCCGCCACUUGAGUGUAUCUUUCUGCCAGUUUCAAACACUUCCCCACUGCCACCUUCUUGAAGGGGAACAGGAGGUAGUCAUUUAGGAUCAAUACUACUAGGUAAUCAGCUGUACCAUUGGAGCAGCAUUAAUACCCAGUUUCAUAAGCAUUACUGCUGUUGCUGUCAAUGAAUUACAAGGAACUGUGAUAGCAAACCAUGACUUUUUGCUCUACAAGCAAGCAACAAGUAGUGACUCAGACUGCACGCUAACAGGUAGCCUGCCCACCUACCCCUUUCUCAAGCAACCAUUCUACUUCAGUAGUAGCCAGAGAUAUGCAUGUUGUUUGUUUGAACAAUGGCAGUGGAAUGGCCAGCUUGGACAUUGUUGUUGUUACUUAUUUUGCUGUUAACUGGAAAUGCAGCCAAGCCAUAUAUGCUUCAUUAGAUGGAUUUUAGUGAGUGCGAGGGGUUUGCAGUUCCGUGGACAGCAAGGCCCUGUUUCUAGUGGGAAGGAGCUAAGAGCUACUCUUUAGUUUUGAUCUUCUAGGAAAUGUCCAAAUAAGCUCCCCAAUCUCUUCUGAUUUUUUAAGUUCUUUGGUAAUUCAAGACCCCAAUCCAGAGAAAGUUAUUCAUGUUGGGAGGGGAGUUGCCGAUGGAGCUGCAGGUUUGGAUCAGUUUGGUUGACUUUCUUAAAGUGAUGGUGCAUUCUUACCAGCUUACUAGUCUUUACUGGUUCAGGGAUCCAUUGUAAGGUGAAUUUUAUUCUGUCUUGCUGCUGUGACUUCAAAGAAAAAUAUAAAAUGUCUUGCUGAUAACAAAAGUGCUAUUUAAUGACAUAUAUAAUUCCAUUUAUUUAUUUGUUUGAGGUUUGUUUUUGUGUCCCUCCCCCCCACCCCAAAUGUUUUAAUAAUUGACGCAGUUUGAGUGAAGUACAUCUUAGGCCAUAAACACAAAUCCCUCAAACCCACUUUGUGAUCCUUCAUUUCAGUAAAGCUGUAUUGGGAAGCUUAAGGCAAUGCGGGGAGGGGUAACCUUGGGUCCCAGUUCUGUGUAAAAAAGAAAAAAAGAUUAAGCGCUUGAGUUAUUACCUGGAUAGUUUGUUGUCUUUUUUUUAAUGUACAAGGGAUACCAUAGCAUAUGCACCAUGAUGAAUUGGGGGCCAGAGGGCAGAAUGUACAUUGUGCAUAUCUCCGCACAAGCUCAACUGAAUGAAGGGUUAUACAGCCUGGUAAAUUUGCACCUGUUCGAGCAAACAUGACUUCUUCAUUGGACCGAGAAUCGGAAUGGAAUGAUGUUGUUGUAUUUUAGUUUUGUCACUAAAAAAUUAUGGAAAUUUUCCUUUAAACAUUUGAGCUUAAAUUCUAAAAAAAAAAAGAGCAUUUAUCCCACCUCUUGAAUAUUUUCAACCUUUUUAAUAGUUUUUUUAAAAAAACAAACACGAAUUGGCAAACACACCAAAGAAAUGGACAAGAUGGUGAUCAUUAGUAAACCACAAACCUCAUUCUUUUAAAAAUAAAACCAGAGUUUUGUAAAUAUAUCUGUUUAUAAAUGUACAGCAGAGUAAGAGUGUGUUUUUUAGAUUAUUUAAUUACCAUAUUUCUAAUCUAUUUACAAUAUUAGAGAUAAUAUUUGUUAAUUCCAAAGGCUUCUGUUUUAUUUUAUUUCAUUUCAUGUUAAUUUCAUUAAUAUUAGGAACAACCCUGCCCUCAUUGGGACAGCAUGAAGACACAGCAUUCUGUAUUUGUUAGUAUUUGGUACUUCAUAUGCACAAAGAGGAAUAAAUCUCAGUAUAGAAGUAACUGUGGCUCCCUGGCAGUGUUGGUUUGCAAAUUAGGAGCCAGCCACAAGAACAAGUUCUUUCUUCCACUCCAAGCACAAAUUCUCUCCCACCACCCCUGUUCAGUUUAUUGCUAUAUCUCAUCAAUGCUAUCCAGGAUUCUCAAGCUUGUUUAACAUCCUAGUUAGGAAUAUUGGUUUAGCUUUAUCCACAGUUGGCAGAAAUGCAGGUAUAACACUAAACCAUGGUUAAAACUAAUAAUGGACAGGAGGAGAAAUAGUGCCCAAUAGAAGAGGAGUGAGCAGAAGGGAGCCCACAUUCCCAAAGCAAGAUUGUGAUUAUAAAUCGUGGUUUACCUUACAGAGAGCCAGAAUUUCACUUGCACCAGCCUCAGGUGAUUAAGAAUACAGUCCCCAGGAAUUUUGCCUGCAGAAGCACACUUGAAGCAAAUUGGUGGUUCUUGUGCUAUGGCAAGCUCUGGUUCAUUUCAGCGGAGCUUGAGUUGGAGACCUAUGCUGUGGAUUCAUCACCUGCUUGUCAUGUUUUUAUGGAGGGCAGACUAAUGAAAUUUGAAAUCCCAGUCUAACUCGAUACAGUCAGUGUGUCGUAAAUCUCACUGUGAGAAGGAUGAUGUACCAUUUUGCCCACCAUUCUAACUUCCAUACAGUUCUUUCUGUGUUAGCAAUAUCGUAAUAUAUUUUGUUCCUCCUUUUGUAAUGUAAGGUUUUGCGUUGGGUCAUUUUGCAUUAAAAUAAUUACCAAAUUCUUUUAAA